AUGGGCGCUCCAAGCCGCAAGGCUGUGCACGCUUCGUUCCGGGCAGCUGUCAUAGUUGCAUCCGCCCUGGUUGUGUGGCAGUAUGCUGCCACGGCACUGGCCCCCGCCGCCAAAGAAGCGCGGGAGCUGGGUGUUGACGUGCGGUAUGCCGAUGCUGUCGCUGAGCUGGGGAAGCGGCUGGCAAACCGAUCCUUUAGUCAUCGCUUUCGCCAUCCACUGAUGCUGCUUCGCUUCCUCACGUGUACCACGACUCUCGAGGAAGCUGAGGCGAUGCUUGUCGCCUGCGAGCCCAAGCCUUUCUCGCCUGCCGGGCGACUUCGAAGUGCUGGACAAGAGGGAUCCUUCGCAGACCGGAUGACGAUGGUGAUGGCAGACCUGCGAGGAGUGGGGCGAGUCGUGUCCCGAUCAGGGCUCGUGGAAGCUUUCGCCGAAGUCACCUCGGGCAGGGCUUGCAGCUGA